CACGUCUGGCACCGGGCUGGAUCAGGUUUGGCUCCGAAUCCACAGCUUUUAUGGCAUCGUGGCCCCUUUGACUGUAACAACUACCGCUUGUCAUUGCAAACGCACUAAUAUUGCUGAUUUAACACCCCUCGCUUGUAGCGAAGGCCUUACCCGGUGCCUUUACAUUAAGCCUCACACAACGAAACAAUGGCUCUGAGCGCAGUUGUGGGCCGGAGGGCCUGUGUAACUACCCGUCCUGCUAUUAAGCCGAACCCUGUGGCGGUUAGCGCAAUUCCAAGCCGCAAGGUUACUUGCCGCUCUCAGAUGUUAGCGACGCUCGCUGCCGUCGGUGAUGUGGACGCUCCCAUCGGUGUUGUUGUCGGAGCGGCCAUCGUCAUUUCUCUAGCAGCCACAGCCCUUGUACCUCUGGCGCUCAACCCAGGCCAGCAAGCGGCGAACAAGAUUUUCUCAGCUACCGAGAAGGCGCCACUUGACAAGAAGCCAUCGGCGCCUGCCAAGAAAAGCAAGAAGUGACCUGGCACGCGGUGGAUGAGAAGGAAGGAUUAGAUUGAUGUUCUGAGCGUGCUUUGCACGUUGUACAAACACGUAGUUGCUGAACGAGGUCAUGGGGGGG